AGUUAUUAUCAAAAUAAUAAUUAUUCCUAACAAUCACUUCCUACUUUUUACCUUUUUACUUCUUCUUUACUUACUUUACUAUGUUUGCUGUUUGUUGGUCCGUUCAGUUCAAUCACUUCAAUCUAAUCUAGUUAGUAAUUAAUUAAAAAUUGCAUAAAAAAAUUGGUUAUAUUUUUGUUAUAGGUGCUGUCGGUGAUGAAUUAGAAAAUGGCUGUCGUGCUGAACGAUGCAUAUUUUGAGUGGUUGGAUAGAACGCCAGAAGAAAAAAGAAAAUAUUUUUUCGGAAGAAUAGUAGAACAAUUGGAACGCUUAAACAUUGGGCAGAAACUAGCAGAAAAAGCACAUGGACAACUUUCUAGAUCAAAACCUGUGGUGGUGUUGAAACGACUAGGGCCUGAACUGUUAGAGAAAAAACAUGGGUCUAGAGAAGAUAAGCAAUUCCAACAUGAAUCCAAACUGGAGGAGUCUGGUUCUAAAGAAAAAUACAGAAAACAUAAGCCUGAACUGUUAGAGAAGAAACAUGGGUCUAGGGAAGAUAAGCAAUUCCCAACACAUGAAUCUAAAUUGGAGAAGUCUGGUUCUAAAGAAAAAUACAGAAAACAUAAAUCCAAAAUGGAUGAAAAGUCUGGUUCUAAAGAAAAAUACAGAAAACAUAAAUCCAAACUGGAGAAGUCUGGCUCUAAAGAAAAAUACAGAAAACAUAAGCCUGAACUGUUAGAGAAGAAACAUGGGUCUAGGGAAGAUAAGCAAUUCCCAACACAUGAAUCGAAAUUGGAGAAGUCUGGUUCUAAAGAAAAAUACAGAAAACAUAAAUCCAAUGUGGAAGAAAAAAUUAUGCAAGAUAAGACAGAAGAGGACAAUAUCAGACAUAAAGAAUAUAUAUCCAAAGAGGUGGAAAAUAUGCAAGAGAAGACUAUCGAGUGCAAUACAGUAGUUAAUAAUCUGUCAUCAUCAAACACUAUUCUACAGGAGUCUGGUAGGAAAAUAAGUAGAGAGAAUAAUAAGCAAGAUUUAGGCUUAACCGAGAAUACUGGAGAAUUAAGUGAAGAUAAAAUUGUAGUCAAACCUAAACAAGAGCUUGACAUCAAAUCGCCAUCAGUAAAACUUGUUCCUAAUAUGAGUGAAAGUAAACACGUUGAAUUAAACAUGGAGGACGAAGAGGUGUCUCAUAAGUUAGUUGAUGAAAAAGAGUCUGUUGUAGCUUAUCAACAGGAAAUUACAUUUACGCCAAAUCAAAUUGAUGUUCCUCCUGUAGCCAAAGCAACUUCCUGUUUUAAAAAAAAUUGGAAAAAUAAUGGUAAGGUACAAAAAGCCCACUUUGACCCCAACAAGUUUUUGAACAAAAAGAUUCAAAUUUUGAUUAAAAAAGGGUUGUUUGAUUCAAAAAUACAAUUUUUGUUAAACUAUUUAAAAUCCUACUACUCUCUUGACUAUGACAAUAUAGAAGAGUCAGCCAACAUGAACCCUGUGCCAAUUCGCCCACAAUCAAUCGCAAGUAUGGUAACUGUGCCAAAUACUCGUUUACAAUACUCUCAAUUAGGAUUCAACAAAAACAUUUCAACUGAGGUGAAUGAUUAUUAUUGUUCUCAAAAAUCAGUUGCAAGCAUGGCAACAGUGCCAAAUACUCGUUUACCUCCUUACUCUCUCGAGGUUGCAGACAAAGAAGAUUGUGCUAGUGUGUCGACUGUUCUAAAUAUAAAGUUUUCCUCUACAAAAUCAGUUGCAAGUAUGGCAACAUUGCCAAAUACUCGUUUACCACCUUACCCUUUAGAGGUUGCAGACAAAGAAGAUUGUGCUAGUGUGUCCACUGUUCUAAAUUAUUCCUCAGGAAAUACUGUGGCAAGUAUGGCAACAGUGCCAAAUACUCGUUUACCACCUUGCUCUCGAGUGGUUGCAGACAAAGAAGAUUGUGCUAGUGUGUCCACUGUUCUAAAUUAUUCCUCAGGGAAUACUGUGGCAAGUAUGGCAACAGUGCCAAAUACUCGUUUACCACCUUGCUCUCGAGUGGUUGCAGACAAAGAAGAUAAUGCUAGUGUGUCCACUGUUCUAAAUUAUUCCUCAGGAAAUGCUGUGGCAAGUAUGGCAACAGUGCCAAAUACUCGUUUACCACUUUACUCUCCAGUGGUUGCAAGCAUGACAACAGUAACCAAUGAGUCACAGUACUCUUGUAAAAACAACUUUAAACCACCUUAUCCGAGACAGAUGUUCAGACCAAGAAAUGUUGAACGCUCUCAACCGUCUAGAUUUUACAAUAGAGGAAGGGAUCUCAGGCGUAGCAGUUACCACCAUCAUGCAAGACAAAAGCUUAGCUAUCCACAAAGGUACAAGUAAUUAGUUAAUAUUUAGUUCUCAACUGAGUAAUUUGAUCUGCCCCAUGGGGCUAGAUCCAGCUAGAAUGGUGAGUGGUGAGUGGAUGAAGUAAAGAACCCUUGUUUUAAUGUUUUACCAUAGAUUAAUAUGCAAGAGACAGAUUAAUUUCAUUUAUAGCUUUAAAAUUGCAAAAUAACUUCUUACUGGACCAGAUCUACACCUUUGAUUAAUGAUACAAAAGACUUCAGUAUCCAAUAGACAAUGCCUACUCCCAGUGGUUGUGGUGUUCUAAACAUUACCAGCUGCUAUAUAAAUUUGGUAAAUAGUACUAUAGAUAAAACCACCCCUUGGUAAAUUUCUCAUCCUUAUCGAACAGCUGAAGAAAUUUGUAUUGUUAUUUCUGUACAGUGUACUGCAGAGGUCGUGUUUUGUUUACAAUUUGUUUCUUGUUAUUUCUAUCAUUUACAACCUCGUUUAACCAAAUAAUACGAUCUAAUUAUAAACAAUAACUCGUCCCCUAGUUUAGUUAUAUAACCAAACAGUAAAGCACAAAUCGAGAAAUUUACCCUAAAAUAAUAGAAACAAAAUUUCCUUGACAUUAGCAUCCAGUGUCACCGUACAUGAACUAGACACGAAAAAUGAGCUUUAAAAUUAUUUACAAUGGGAUGAGAAUUUUACUUGUGUUGGUUAGUCUAUGAUAGUACUUAUCAAAGGAAUUUUCAAAAUAUUUAGAAAGAAUUUGAUAGGUAAAAACUGAAGUAAUAGUACUCCUAAAUAUAAAAACAAUUUAACCUAUCAUAAACAAACUGUAAGUUACAUAUUUUUUAUUUACAUUUAAUAUAUAUUCAAAUAGUUUGUUAUCAAAACAUGUGUUAAAACUCCAACCUUAAUUAAUUAGAUAUAUAUUUUGUUAUUUGAUUUUGUCAAUUGGCAUGACUUGAUUAAGCAUGACACACCAAGUUUUGGCACUGAGAAUUAAACAGUGUGUGUAUAAAACUGACAUUUGGUUGUUACUCUAUUUGCUUCACAAAUUGUCUAUAACUGAAUAUAAAUAUCUUGUUGUUCAAGCAAAUUAAUUAAGUAAUAUUUAAUGGAUUCAAAGUUCUGGGUUGUCUGUUAUAGUUACUUCUUAGUUAAUCCAUUAUAACUAAGAUGUCUGAUAAUUCUAAGAUGUCUAAUUAAUUUGUAGAUAAGGUGAUGGCAAGUAUAAUCGAAUCAUUUGAACAGGGUGAGGAAUAGUUACUGUUAUUUCUACGGAAGCCUUAAAAAAUUAUGUUAAACAUAUUGUACGAAAAUAGCCAAAGUAUAAUAGUGUAACAUUUGAACCAUACUGCACUAAAACAAGAAUGAGCUCAAACUUUUACCAUACUAACUUUCACUUGAGCAAGCAAAGGAUAGAAGUAAAUUUGUUCUAAAAAGCGUUAGGGGAAAAUUCGAUCAAGUAUUUUACUAUGCAUCUUCUUGAGCCUCUGCUGAGUACAAGAAAAAUGAGGACGAUCAGGUAUUUAAUGGGUAUCAGGCCUAUCAGGUAUUUAAUGACCUUGAAGUUAAAACAAAAUAACUCUACAUGGUGUUGUAACCCAAAUUACAAGUACUAUAAGACACUUUUUAACAACAAGACAAGCUCACAUUUUGGUUUCCCAUUUGCAUUGUCGCAUAGUUAUUUAUGAGAAUUAUUGUUAUUAAGAAUUUAUUGUGAUUUAGGCCCGAUUUCACCAAACACUCAAACCGCCGUUAGGCCUUGCUCUAACUGCAGUUAGCUCUUAACUGACGAAAUGGGAUUUCACCACACUCGCCUUUAGAGCUAGUUUAGACUAAACUGUUGUUAGAUAAUUAACUGCCCAAUUUUGACCGGUUUACUUCUUUAAUCUUUAGUUAAGAAAUAUCAGCUGGCUUUAAGUUUGAAGUUUAUAUGGAAAGGCCAAAUGCUAGAAGAGCAUACAAUACAAAUUAGCCUUUGAAAGUGAUAGUGAUGAAGAGUUGCCUAUGUUGUUUGCUGAACUAGGAGGAUAAGAGAAAAGGUUAUUGAUUUAACUAUGACAAAAUCAAUUUUAUCACUAGAUAUGAAUCAUCAAAACGUUUUGCCUUUUUCUCAAGGUUAUCCCACAAGGUUUUUAGUAAAGGCGUAUCUCUAGCUAUGUGAUCAGCCACUCUACUCAUCGUGAGAGAACCACGUUGUACAAUACUUAACAACAUCCUACAACAACUUGAAAAAACCCAAAAAAUUAGGUUUGUGAUGUUGCACUUUGGCUGCAAAGUGUAUGGGUUUUGUUUACGUUUGGUUUGUGGUUCCUGUUGUUGAACCAAUUCUGGGUGCAUAAAUCCUGGAUGAAAAAAGUGUUUUUCUACCUACAUGAUUAAAUUCCUUUUUUCUUUGUUCGAAAAAAUAGACUACCUUUUCCUUUUCCCGGUUUUGAGUAACCCUAACCCUACGGUCAAACAAUUAAUUUAGUUCACAAUAACUUAACCUAAAUUGUCUUUAUUCUGCUAGUAUUUAUAGAAAAUCAUUAUUUUUAUGUAUCUUUUUGUGUCUUAUUCUUGUAACUCUUUUUGCCUCAAGUUUUCUCACUAUUUCAAAUGUACUCAACAGCAAAACUCAAUCCUCUGUUCCUCAAUUGAAUCUUUUUUAUCAACAUUGCUUUGUCUUUAUUUACUUAUGUUAAUUGUUUAGCUAUUUAUUCUUUUUUCCUGUUGUUUUUUUCUUGUUGCUCGGAAUCUAUUGUAUACUUGUAAUCUUGCUGUCUCCAGUUUUUUUUUUCACUACCUCAUAAACACAAAUUUAUUUUCUAGGUUAUGUUUACUUCUUGCUCCCAAAACAACCCGGUAUUAUAACAGUUACUGCCACCUCCACCUGGAUUUUACUCUAAACUUUCGUUUAUAAAACAAGCGUUAAAUUUGACAUGUUUUCGUUGGUGAAACCAGAUUUCCCAAACUGUGGUUUAAAUCAUCACUUAGUUUUAACCGAAGAUUAACUAAACCUACAACGUUAUAAACGUUAGUGUGAAUUUGGUGAAAUCGGGCCUAAGUCUCAACUUGGCGUUGAGUAUUAGUUAUAAUGAAUUAUUAAUAUCAUUAAAACUGGAAAUAAAGAAUACAAGGCCAAAUAUGAGCUUGGUUUGACAAUAGCUGGCUUGGAUAGUUAAUACAAAUACAGUACCUACCUGUAAGCAAAUUGUAUACAAUAUAUGUCAGUGUAUGACUUUCUUAAUAAUUGAUAAUGUGCCUUGUGAUGAAUCUUUUAUGUUUGUUUUCUGAUGUUUAUGAUGUUUGUGUUGAUAAAUGCCUCUGAAAAUGGGGUUUGGCUUAAAAGGAAGAAAGAUACUAAUAGUUCUUAUAAAAUGUAUUUACUUUUUUUUAAUAAAGUUUUGGUAACA